AUGCGCUUUGGACCUCAGCCUCUUUCUGUCAAAAGAUCCAGGCUAUAUGCACUAGGAUUAUUUGUAUAUCUAAGCCCCGCGACCGUAUUUUCAGACUCUCGGUGUAAUGCCUUCGAUUUCAGGUCUCGGAAUUGUCCUGCUGAGUCGUCCGUCGCAUCUCACGGAGAGACAGAUAAUGCUUCGUUGAAGCACACACCAAACCGGCCGCCAUUUCAGUCUUCACGCGUGAACGCUACAUUUGUCACCCUUGCGCGGAACAGCGAUGUAUGGAACAUAGCCAAGUCAAUACGCCAAGUUGAAGAUCGUUUCAAUAGAAACUUCGGAUAUGACUGGGUGUUCUUGAACGAGAAGCCAUUCGAUGCGACCUUCAAGCGAGUAACCAGCGCCCUUGUAUCAGGCAAAACCUAUUACGGCUUGAUCCCGCCAGAUAACUGGUCAUUUCCUGAUUGGAUUGACCAGGACAAAGCGAAGAAAACCAGAGAGGAUAUGGCCCAGAGGCAAAUCAUCUAUGGAGACUCUGUGAGCUACCGCCAUAUGUGCAGAUUUGAAUCGGGCUUCUUUUUUCGGCAACCCCUCAUGAUGAACUAUGAUUACUACUGGCGGGUGGAGCCAGAUAUCAACCUCUAUUGCGAUGUCGAUUACGACCCUUUCAGAUAUAUGAUGGAAACGAAGAAAAAGUACAGCUUCGUGCUGAGUCUUCCUGAGUAUAUCGAGACGAUCCCUACCCUUUGGGACACUACCAAGGAAUUCUUCAAGAACAAUCCUGAUCAUCUAAGCCCACAUAACUCGAUGGACUUCUUGAGUGAUGACAAUGGAGCAACAUAUAACAAGUGUCACUUUUGGUCAAAUUUCGAGAUUGGCGACUUGAACUUUUUCAGAAGUCAAAAAUAUCUAGAUUAUUUUAACCACCUCGAUCAAGCCGGCGGCUUUUUCUAUGAGAGAUGGGGUGACGCCCCGAUUCACUCAAUCGCAGCCGGGCUCAUGCUUGAUAAGUCCGAGAUUCAUUUCUUUGACGACAUCGCGUAUUGGCACAACCCAUUCACUCACUGUCCAACCGAUGCGAAGAAAAGACUCGAACUUCGUUGUCACUGCAACCCAAAGGACAAUUUCGAUUGGAAAGGUUAUUCUUGUACAUCAAAGUUUUUCGAUUCUCAAGGGAUGGAAAAACCGGAGGGAUAUGAGAACCAACAAGAUUAA